AUGGAGACGGCGCCGUCAUCGUCCAUGUCACCGGCCAGCGGCACGUACGUCUUGGACGUCCACGGCUUCAGCGGCCUGAGGAGGCAGCACUGCGGCGGCGGCGGCUGCAUCGUCUCGCCGACGUUCACCGUCGCCGGCCUCGAGUGGGCCAUCCGGUACCACCCGGAGGGCGACGCCGACGAGGUGACCGACGACGUGGCCGUGUUCGUCGUGCUGGUCACCAAGGACGCCACGGCGUGGGCGCACGUCGAAUUCCGGCUGCUCGACCAGGCCGCCGGCGAGAUGGUCACCUUCUUCGGGGAGAAGGAUCCGAUCUUGUUCGACUCCGGCAGCGAGGACCUGUCCACCUGGGGCACCGGCGAGCUCGCCGCCAGGAGCUUCCUCGACGGCUCGCCCUACGUCGCCGGCGACUGCCUCAAGAUCGAGUGCGCCGUCGACGUCUGCCGCGACCGCCUCACGUUCCACCACGACACGCCGCCCUCCGGCGAGCCGUUCCGCCAGUACCCCGCCGACGACGAGCCGGCCGACGUCACCUUCAAGAUCGCCGGUGAGACCUUCCCCGCCCAUGUCUCCGUGCUCGCCGCCCGUGCUCCCGGCCUGCUCAACAACACGACGUCGCAGGCGGCAACCAUCACCAUCGACGACGACGACGACGACACGCCGGCGGCGGCGGCGGCAUUCGGAGCGCUCCUCCACUUCGCCUACACCGACACGCUCCCCGUGGCGAGCGGCCUCGACGGCGCCGGCCACACGGCGCUGCUGGGGCGCCUCCUCGUCGCGGCGGGGCGGUACGGCAUGGCGAGGCUGGGGGCGAUCUGCGAGCGCGCCAUGUGCAGGAGCCUCGACGCGGGGACGGCGGCGGACACGCUGGCCAUGGCCGACGGCACGGCUUCGACGCGCUGA